AUGUCCAUCUUCUCUCCAGUCUCCCCUCCCAUAGCUUCUCCUCCAUCUUCUUCAAAUAUUUACAUAUACCAUACUUACCAGGGCGCUGCCUUAACCUUCAUCCUUGUGUCUAUUUUGCCCAUACUUUACUGCAUAUUAUGGUGCUCACUCCAUGUAGCAAUCUUAGAUUGCCGAAGGAGAAGACAAUUAUCUGUCUCAGUUACUGCUGAUACAGAAGCCUUUCCUCUUCAAGUUUGUGAGCAACCCAGACAACAAUAUCAGCAAGAGCCGUGUAGUAAUAUAGAUGGAAAAGGGGAGCUAAAUCCUGAGUGCCCAAUUUGCUUGGAGGAAGCCGAGGCAGAGGUAGAUGUAGAGGCAGAGGCAGAGGCAGAGGCAGAGGCAGAAGCAGAGGCAGGAGCAGAAACAGAGGCAGUAUCAUGGCAAUUAGUGCCAGAGUGCAACCAUAGAUUUCAUGAGCUAUGCCUGAACCGGUGGUUGAAAUUGUCACGGACCUGUCCACUUUGCCGGGUCACUACUCAACUCGAAGCUUAUGUUUCUUUGGUUUGA